GUCAAAGCGCGAACCACUGUCGCGCCAGACGUGGUUGGCGAUGUACAAAGAAGUCGCUCCCCGAGUUCAGCAAGAACUGGACGACAUUGUCCAGCAAACCAUAGAUGCGGGAAAGAAGGCCAGGUUGAUGGCCUGUGAGCACAAGUUAGGCAAGCAUGUUGGUGAGGACAUCCCCGGAAAGAUCGAGAAGGCUACAUCGAUGCAGAAUGCUUGUUUGCAGAUGCAGGAGAUUGCCAAUCGCAUUGCUGUGAAGGACGCCAACAUGGGCUUCCCAAAAACUGCAGGCAGUCGCUGCACAAUGAACGAUCGCGUUUCUGAACCUGGCGAGUGCGACUAUCUCAACUGCUACACGACGGACGACAAGUUCAAGAAGGCGAUUGCUGCGUUGAAGAAGAGGAAUGACAAGUGCUACGAUGCUUGGAGGCCACCGUGGAUCGCGCGGCCAACUCCUGUUCCAAGGAGCCAAAGGAGCCACCGGUGCAGCAGCUGCCUCCUGGGGUGGCGCCACCGGCAACGACCAAACCGGCGGUUUCGCAGGCAGCUUCACCUCCUGCUGCGCCAGCUGCGCCAGCUGCGCCUGCUGCGCCAGCUCUGCGCCAGCUGCGCCAGCUGCGCCAGCGGCGCCCAGCACGAAGGAAGGUUCCACAGCUGUGGCCUUUGUUAUCAUGGCAGGUUGUCGUCCAGGAAAUCCAAAUCGUGCUGAACGGAUGGGAUGCUUUCUCUGAGAG